AUGAUAUAAUAGUAUAAAUAUUACAACGAAUUAGAAGAAUUUUAAAAGUCUUCACUUUAAUCUCAUUAAUUUGUCCAUAUUAAUCUGAGUUAUCAUUAAAUUGGUGAUAAUGGUGUUUCUGACUUAGGUAUUACUUUAGCAAAUUGCACUAAUCUCUCAAAUUUGACACUUGAGCUUGAUGGCAAUUAAAUUGGUGCUAUAGGUGCAUCAGAAUUAGGUUUGGCUUUAGCAAAUUGCAUUAAUCUCUCAAAUUUGAAACUUUAUCUCCGUGAGAAUUAAAUAGGUCAUGAAGGUUCAUCAGGCUUAGUUUCUGCUUUAGCAAACUGCACUAAUCUCUCAAAUUUGAUACUUAAUCUUUUUAGCAAUUAAAUUGGUGCAAUGGGGGCAUAAGGCUUAGGUUCUGCUUUAGCAAAUUGCACUAAUCUCUCCAAUUUGGAACUUUAUCUUGGUGAUAAUUAAAUUAGUGAUGAAGGUGUAUCAAGCUUAGGUUUUGCUAUAGCAAAUUGCGUUAAUCUCUCAAAAUUGGAACUUUAUCUUGCUUAAAAUUAAAUUGGCGCAAUUGGUGCAUCAGGCUUACGUCCUGCUUUAGCAAAUUGUGCUAAUCUCUAAAAUUUAAUACUUUAUCUUAGUAAUAAUAAAAUUGAUGAUGAAGCUGCAUCAGUCUUAGGUUCUGCUUUAGCAAAUUGCAUUAAUCUCUAAAAUUUGACACUUUAACUUAGUGAAAAUUAAAUUGGUGCAAUUGGAGCAUCAGAUUUAGGUUUUGCUUUAACAAAUUGCUCUAAUCUCUCUAAAUUGACACUUUAUCUAAGCGAGAAUCAAAUUUGUGAUAAAGGUGUAUCAAGCUUAGGUGCUGCUUUAGCAAAUUGCACAUAUCUCUCAAAUUUAAUACUUUUUCUUAGUUUCAAUUAAAUUGGUGAUGAGAUUGCAUCAGGCUUAGGUUCUGCUUUAGCAAAUUGCACUAAUCUCUCAAAUUUGGAACUUUACCUAAGUUACAAUUAAAUUGGUUAUGAUGGUGCUUCAGGCUUAGGUUCUGCUUUAGCAAAUUGUUCUAAUCUCUCAAAUUUAACACUUUACCUUGGUGAAUAUUAAAUGAGUGAUGUAGAUGUAUCAGGCUUAGGUUUUGCUUUAGCAAAUUGCACUAAUCUCUUAAAUUUGAAACUUUCACUCUAACGCAAUUAAAUUGGUGCUACUGGUGCAUCAAGUUUAGGUUCUGCUUUAUCAAAUUGCACUAAUAUCUAAAAUUUGACACUUUUCCUUGGUAGCAAUUAAAUUGGUGCUACUGGUGCAUCAGGUUUAGGUUCUGCUUUAGUAAAUUGCACUAAUCUCUCAAAUUUGACACUUUACCUUAGUGGAAAUUAAAUUUGUGAUCAAGGUACAUCAGGCUUAGGUUCUGCUAUAGUAAAUUGCACUAAUCUCUAAAAUUUGACACUUUACCUUGGUGAAAAUUAAAUUGGUGCAAUAGGUGCAUCCGGCUUAGGGGUGAAUUUAGCAAAUUGCACUAAUCUCUCAAAUUUGAUUCUUGACCUUGAUUGUAAUUAAAUUGAUGCAAUUGGUAUAUUAGAUUUAGUUUCUGCUUUAGCAAGGUGCACUAAUCUCUUAAAUUUGACACUUUAUCUUGAUCGCAAUUAAAUAGGUGCUACUGGUGCAUCAAAUUUAGGUUCUGCUUUAGUAAAUUUCACUAAUCUCUCAAAUUUAACACUUAAUCUUGGUCGAAAUUAAAUUGGUGCUAUCGGUGCAUCGAAAUUAGGUUCUGCUUUAGCAAGAUGCACUAAACUCUCAAAUUUGACACUUUAAAUUGAUGGAAAUUAAAUUGGUGCAGUUGGUGCAUAAGACUUAGGUUCUGCUUUAGCAAAUUGCACUAAUCUCUCAUAUUUAACACUUAAUCUUGGUGAAAAUUAAAUCGGUGAUGAAGGUGCAUCAGGCUUAAGUUUGCAUUUAGCAAAUUGCGCUAAUCUCACAAAUUUGGAACUUUAUCUUCAUGAAAAUUAAAUUGGUGGCUUAGGUGCAUCAGGCUUAGGUUCUGCUAUAGCAAAUUGCAUUAAUCUCUCAAAUUUGAUGCUUUACCUUAGUUGCAAUUAAAUUGGUGCAAUUGGUGCAUUAGACUUAAGUUUGGCUUUUAAAAAUUGCACUAAUCUCAAAAAUUUGACAAUUUACCUUAGUUAAAACUAAAUCAAUGAAUCAUAAUAGUAAAUGAAAGUAAAAAGCAAGUGUCUUAAAUCAAAAAGAUUAGUUGUCUUUGAAAUCAAUUACUACUUAUGA